UGUUGCAGUUUGUUUCUUUUCAAUCUCAUGGCCAACAACGAUUCUGAUGCUUUGUUUGGAGAAUCCUCAAGUUUUUAACGCACAAGUUUCUAACCAAACCGUAACUAGUAUCACGCUUCAAUGGGAUAAAGUCCCCAACUCGGAUAUCUAUGAAAUUGAAAAAUACACUAAAAAGUUUGGCUGGCAAAGAGUGUCCUGGACGAGUGCGUGUAGGACGACAAUUGAACAGCUGGAUGAUAACUUUGCAUAUCGAUUCCAUAUAAAAGCCCUAAAACUCUCCCCAAAUGGCAAUCAAGACUGUGACGAAGAAGAAGAGUCCUUUGACGAACAUCAGCCAAAGGAAUUUAUUACACUUGGCUUGUCCGAGGAAAUUGUGGGAAUGACACUGUCAUCUCCCCCUUCAACUAUGUGCCUGCAUCGAGCCAUUAAGAAGGGUCAACAAUUUCUGAUCAAAAGGAUCCUACGACGUCGUCCCAGCCUGAUUGAUUACCCUGCUCAAAAUGGAUACCUUCCACUAGCCAAUGCCAUUACCAUGGGUGAAAUAUGCAUCAUUGACAUUAUCCUGACUGCUGGAGCCAGUGUCCACACAGGGAAUCCUUUAAACGGUCGAACACCGUUGCAUUUGGCAUUCUUUUAUGGACACCUGCCAGUAGCACGAAUCCUGCUGAACAAGAAAGCCGACAUAAAUGUCAAGGAUAACAAUGGCGUGACACCGUGCCAUUGUGCCGUGGAUGCAAACCAAUAUGACAUUUUGAAAUUCGCACUUGACAAUGGUGCCGAUAUGGAGGCGAUGGAUAUGUCAGGAUGGACUCUGUUAUUGAGAGCUGUUGGAAUGCAUUCAGAUUUGAUGAUUGUGAAGUUGUUGCAUCAGCAGGGAUCAAAAUUGGGGGCACUGGAUGUGAAUGGACUUAAUUGUAUGGAAUUGGCACGUUUGUUUGGAAAUAAUGAAGCAUUGAAAUAUUUGGAGAAUUGUGUGUAGAGAUAGAGGCACACACAUCAGAGUGAUUGAAAAUUCAAUUUCAAAUUAGAAAUUUUUAGAAAGUUUCUGAGAAAUGUUGAUUUUUUUAAGAUUAAAAGCAUUCAAAUCAUUUUUUUUGGCUGA